AAGAACAGAAAAGGAACAAGAUCCUAGAUAUCCCCCACCUCGGACGUAGAGGUGGUCCACGGAACCGCCUCCGCGAUCUACCAUCCAACGUUGGGUGCGUGUGCCAGACGUGUGCUCGUCCGUUUCUGCCUCUUUCGUACGGACCAACCUGUGCGGUGCACGUUCCCUGAAUGAACCUUAGCAUCCUCGUCGAUCCGCGUUCGUCUUUCUCCUCUAGUCGGUCGGACGGUCGGUUAACCAUCGGAAGUAGUUGGUAUCGCGGCAUCGCAACCAAGAUUCUCUCUUAUUCUUCUCCUCUUCGAUCGACGCAAUUUCCAAUUUUAUUAUCGAGAUCUCACGUUUCGUGUCUCGGCCACGGAUUAUAUAUUUUUUAUUUUAUAUUCAUCGCGAAUCCGAAAGGAGAAGAAGAAAAGAUACAUACAUAUAUAUAUGUAUAUAUAUGCGUUGAAGACCGCGAAACUCGGUUCGGAUACGCGUGAACGAUACUCGGAUCGAGUGAGAUAACGAGGGAAGAAGAGGAAGAAGAAGAGGAAGAAGAAGAAGAAGAAGAAGAAGAAGAAGAAGGAGGAGGAGUUGAGAAAGAGUGGCGGAAAUCGAUGGAUUAGGCCGAUAGGAUCCCGUCCGGUCCUCGAGAGGAAGGACAAGGGUCGGUUCGUGAUAAAUUACGGCACGAUAACCUCGGAUUAAUUGGUCCAAUUGGUUUCCUCGCUACGAGAUUCGAUUGCUCGCGAACCACGCGUUGGCUCUCGAUCGCGUUUCACGCGAAGGAAGAGGAAGAAGAAGAACAGUGCGGUUUGAAGAUAAAUCGGCAACGCGAUCGAACAACAAUCGAUUGUCCGCGUCGCACGAAUGUGAACGAGUAACUGUAUCUGUAUCGUACAAGUAAUCUUUUUCGACGACCGAGGAUCCAGGGGGAGAGAUGGAAAGUUAUCAUCACGGUAACGACGUAUCGGGCACGCCGGAAACGGAAGCCGGACCAUCGAGCACCGAACAAUGCAGCAACGAGCAAUGCGCCAACUCGUUGGACGACGCAGUCGGCAAACUGCUUCAAGGCUACGACUGGACCUUGCUUCCGGUCACUUCUCGCGCGGGCGGCCGAAGAAGCGCUCACGUGAAACGUCCGAUGAACGCGUUCAUGGUUUGGGCUCAAGCGGCGAGACGCAGAUUGGCGGAUCAAUAUCCACAACUUCACAACGCCGAACUCUCGAAAACGCUGGGAAAACUGUGGAGAAUUUUAAGCGACGGUGAGAAACAACCGUUCAUAGAGGAGGCUGAAAGAUUGAGGAACGCGCACAAGAAACAACAUCCGCAUUACAAGUAUCAACCGCGUCGACGGAAACCAAAAUCGGAGGAGCAAAUGGGCAUCGUGAUGCAUCGGACCGCCUUAUCCUCCCCUGCCACGUCUCUAGAUUCUACCAACUCGUCCGAAUGCGCGUAUCCUCGUCUGUAUACAGAUACCGGCAUCAAAAUGUACGAGAGGCCGACUUAUCACGACAAUAAAAUCAAUUACGACGUUUCGAGAUCAAGUUGGUCGAACGACACGAGCAAAUAUCCGGCCGAUCAUUCGAUCGUAGAAAGUAAACCGUACGAGGGUGGGAGAUACGAAUCUAAUGUGGCCAAGAGUUGCUACGUGGACGCGAAGUGCUACGAGACGGUCAAAUAUCAUCACGAGGUAUCCGCCGCCGCCGUCAAGUAUCACGAAGCGAUUCCAAAAUAUUCGGAAUUGCAAACGAAACCUUACGAUCUACCAAAAUAUCCCGAGAAUCCCUUAAAAUAUCCCGCUGACGUUACCAGCCCGAGUAAAUCGUACGCGUGCGUACAUGGCCAUUACCCCGCUCCCGAGGGAUACACGGUGCACGAAGAAAAUGAAUAUCAAACGCAGGGAGUCUCGACCCAUUCUUUUUAUCCGUAUAUUUCCGCAUCCAUGACGCAACCACCUUAUUACAUGGGCCCACGAUAAAUCUGGAACUAACAUCGGGAAUGGAU